GAAAGUGUCGCAAACGUGUGGGAGGAUUUGGACACUGUCUGAUACGUAGCAAGGUAUCCGCCUAAACUAAACUGGAUAUCUACUGCUGAGGAGAAGCAGUCGGACCGUUCUUAAUAAUAUAGCAUGGAUUUUGGAAGAACAAUGAAUCGUCUUUGUGCUCAUCUUUCACGGAUAUCACCACGUCCUCUAGGAGGUUGUACUGUGAGUGUGAUGCCCCUCUGCUCUGCUGGAUUGUGACGCGAGGAGUGGCUUGCGAAGCCUGCAAAACAGUACCGAUGACCUAGCAAUCAAAACCAGAACUGGCUAACGUUACACUCGUUAUGCAAUUGUAUUGUCUCUAUUCGCCGAGCCUGCUUCAAUGUAUGCCGACUGGAUCUGGCUGUCCCUCUUCAGUGUGUCGUAAUAUCACCAUUCGUGAGAAACACCAGUAUUUAACGUAAAAACCUGGAGAUGCGUCAGGCUAGCUGAAGUUGAACAAGAUAACACCGGAUGUUGGCUGACAUUGCCUUCGCAAUAACUGUGCCAAACAUAUUUGUUGGCAAUGGCAAUGCUUGUGUUCAGGCAAGGAACACACUUUGCUUAAAGGACAGCCAGGUUUUGAAUAGCAACUGAGAUUUCCGCCUGUAUUGUUACCGCGGUACGUACGAAGCCGUUCACUUUAUUUUGGAAGCAACUAGCGGAAGUAUUGCUCGUUCCUGCUGUUUUGACACUAGUAGGAAGUGGGAUGUGGCCAGGAUGCAUUUAUGCUUCUCUUUUAAGAUAUGAAAAUCAUUGAAUUAGUGCUUCGGGAGCUCUGUUCCACCGCCGCACACAGCAGGGAUUGCGACAGUGUUGUCAGCCAUCGGCGUGGUUGCUCUCGGCGGUCGAAGACUGCGAGUACGAGGGAAGGUGCUGCGCUGGUUUCGUCUGGACCGGACAAUUUCAAUGAGGGUUUUUCAACCUCACGCCCUAACUAUUUGUGUCCGGCGCUCUAUUUUGUACAUAGAUAAUAACAGCAUGUGAAUCGAUAUUCACAUCGUUGACUUCUUUAUUCUAAAUUUUUUUUUCUUGGACAAAUACGUUGUGCCCCCACUGUCACACGUGUGCGUGCAUAUUUGUUUUGCAAAUGUCAACGACUCGGCGUCAAGUGAUGAUGGAAUCACCUCGAGCCCUCGGAAGACUGGAACUGACGCCGGGUCCAGGCGCUGUCGGGGUCAGCCCGACCCCGCGGCUCUCCGGAGGGCACCCCGCGAAGGAGACGUGCGGGCAGCGGCCUCCAGGGCCACAAGACCCGGCUCGUCUGAACGGCUGCAUCCCGCUGUCGCAUCAGGUGGCGGGUCACAAGUAUGGAGUAGAUACCGUGGGCAUUUUGCAGCAUCCAGAUGGAACCGUCCUAAAACAGCUCCAGCCUCCACCCAGAGGUCCACGAGAGAUGCAGUUUUACAGCAAGGUAUAUGCAGAGGACUGCUGUGAUCCAUGCCUUCUACGCCUCCAGAACCAUCUGCCCAAGUACUAUGGCACCUGGUCCUCUCCUGACAGCCCCAAAGAGCUGUACUUGAAGCUGGAGGACGUCACCCGGCGCUUUGUUAAACCGUGCAUCAUGGACGUGAAGCUGGGUCAGCGGAGCUACGACCCGUUCGCCUCGCAGGAGAAGCGGGAGCAGCAGAUCAGGAAAUACCCACUGAUGGAAGAAAUAGGCUUCCUGGUUCUCGGCAUGAGGGUUUAUAAAAUGUGUGCUGACAAAUUUGACUCCUUCGACCAGCAUUACGGGAGGGGGCUGGUUCAGGAAUCUAUUAAAGACGGUCUGGCUAAUUUCUUCCAUAAUGGUGUCAGUCUGAGGAAGGAUGCUGUGUCAGCUAGCAUCCACAGAGUACAGCGCAUCCUCAGCUGGUUCGAGUCUCAGCAGCAGCUGGUCUUUUACGCCAGCUCCCUUCUCUUCGUCUACGAGGGGCUCCCCUCUUCCUCUUCCUCUUCCUCCUCCUCCACCUCCUCCUCCUGCUCCUCCCUUUCAUCCCUUCUCAGCACCCUGUCAAUCAGCCCUACUGUGGGGAAAACCGCCACGUUGUCAUUAGCGGCAGACAGCAGUUGGGAGGGGAAAGCGAGACCGGAAGGGGCAAAGCAGGAAGAGGAAGUGGCCGAGUACAACAACAACAACAACAUCCAGAUGCCGUGUCAUCACCACUGUGCCAGACUUCACCUCCAAGGCAACCAUGGAGACAGCGGUGCUGGGGAGACUACAGCGGACCUGGUCCCUGGAGAUAACAUCUCAGCCCUGUGUGAAGAAGACAACUUGGCGUGGAAACGAACUGGCGAGUCGCGACAGCCGGCCAACGUAAACCGAAACAAGUCCCAGAUGGAAGGGAAGGACGAGAAGGGAGGGAGGGAGGGCAGGUGCCAGAGGAGGCGAAGGGAUGAAGACGAGGACGGAGAGCUGAAAGGACGUGGAUGCGUAGCAACAGAUGGAGGCAGUGGAGACACGGGGGUGGAGGUUCGGAUGAUCGACUUUGCCCACGUUUUCCCGAGCGAAAGCCCCGAUCACGGCUACAUCUACGGCCUCAAACACUUGCUGACGGUGCUUGAGCAGAUCCUCUGUGACGCCGCAUAGAGACACAACUCCUCGCUAACUGCUCUAGACCCACUUAUCCGCCUCUCUCCUCAAAAGACAGACACCUUCAAAACUGAAUAUUAACAACAGAGCCAUUGUCAUCACCAUCAUCAUCUCACCUGUUUGUGACGAUCUGUCGGACCUCUGCGUUCCUGUCCGUUAUCAGCAGCAUUACAUGCACUAACCAACCCAUGAAGGCAUUGCGCACCUGUACUUAAACACAACAUCUUUAGCUGACCCAUUUGCACAAAGAGCUAUACAAUGUUACGUGACGACACCUUCCGUGUACAUCUGAAGAAAAUAUGAAUAUAGUCAAAUGGGCCUAUUUGCGCAUAUCAGGAGCUGAUAGUCCUAGCGUAACAUUGAGGUAAUCAUUACAAAUCAGCACUGGACUGUUAUAUGGCAAUAUCUAUUUUAUUUUAUUUUAUUACUCACUUUUUGGAAAACUGACUAAUAUAUGACUACACCAAUUUGUAGUCCUCCAACAGCGUGAUGGAUAGUGAUGGAACAUGGAUCAACCUUCAUAUUUCUCCAUGAAUUUGGUCCAUGUCCAGUUUAAAACACACGGUCAGAUUACAAACGGAGCGAGGCCAACCAGUACUUGGAGAGUGUUGAGGUUUAAGUCGGGUCGUCAUUUAGUGUUUCUGGUUAAACGCUGUUUUCAGGUAUCUAACUCAGGUGAAUUUACUGUAAGAGAGAAUACGUACUACUACUACUACUACUACUACUAUCCUCUCAGCGAGACGAUCCUCAUGCUGUCUGCUUGUUUUAUAAAGUCUUUAAUCUCAUGGGUGUCAUUAUCUCAAAUAUCACUGACCUUGAGUCAUGUUAACCUCACAGCGCAUUUUUUUCUUUUACCGAUGGCUGUUUUAUUGUUGUACAUGUGUAUGCUGCCAAAUCCUCCAACUUCCCCCUCCGCGCUCUCUGUUGUGUGUGGUUAUAUAUGUUUAUAAAUGCUUUAUUUUUAUUUUUUAGGAAUACCAUUAUAUUGCUGAUGUCAUACCUUGUAACCCUUUUUAAAGUAUUUUUUUCAAAUCUUUUUAGAAAGCUUUACUAGGAUCAAGAGGUAACAUUGCCCAUUGGUCACUGCCCAUACUCUAGCAUUAGCCAUGAGCUGCUCUCUGGUUUUAAGUUAUUGAAAUGCGAAGAAGUUAGAACUCGGCAUAAAUCGGAAACUUCAGAGAAUUUGAAUGACAAAGAAGCAAAGAGGGCAGUGACUGAAUGUUUGCAUGUCAUUUAGACUUUUUAUUUUAUUAUUUUCUGAUGCGGAUAGAGAUAUCUUGAGUGCUGGUUGUCCUUAUUACAUUAAUCUCAGUUUGAGAUGAGAACUUCACUCAUUUCUGUUUUCUUUUUUUUAAGUCCUUUUUGUUCAGCUUUUAGGACUGAUGCUGUAGACAUUCCGCAUGCAUUAGACCGUUCUAAUAUUUUCAUAUUAAAUAUGUCAAAGGUUUAUUGAGACCAAAGCUGCCCGUGAAAACCUGUUCACUUCAUUUAGCUGUGGUGGAUUUAUGGUCAAUACGAUAUUUUUAUAUGUCCUUGCAAUCGCCUUCGUUAUCUUGUUUGCAGCAGGAAACACAUUUAGCUUGUUUUUAGAGAAAAAACAUUAUCGGAUAAGGUCCCCUUUCCUGGAAUUUACAAACACAUCUCAUAGACUUCAUUAGCUGAUUGUUUCAUCCGCAGUUGAAGAUCACAAGGUACGGAUGGAAGCUAGUGAGGAGAUUUUAUUUAUCUAUUUGCUCUGGAACUCUGUUUAUCUGUACAAACAUUAAUUGAUGUGUGUCCUGGCUUAACAAACUGAAAAGACUCCACAAUGAAACCAACCUGGAUCUACGUGACCGAAGUUCUGUCUCACUGGCAUUGGAUUCCAGCUCAGUUCCCAACCAUGUUUCUAUCCAAGCAGGGUGCCAUAAUAUGUGGGGAGGAGCAUGACCAAUGCUAAUAGCCAUCAGGGGUGUGGGACACAUAGAUGUCACUGACCAGCUUCACCCUCCGUCUGUAUGAGAGGCCGCUACUUUCCUUUGAUUGCUCACCUUAAAGGGCCAGUACGUGGGGAUGUUGUCACACCGUCAGAUCUCACCUCACCCCACACAUCGCCACCUUUCAGAGAGUCCAAGAGGCAGUUUUACAUUGUGUGCUGUGACUGUCAUCCUUACAUGCUCCGCAUUUGUUGUUGACUCCAGGAUCCCAUGGGCUUUGAUUUGUGUAGCUUGUAAUAUAUAUGAACGGUUUUAGAAUCCGGUCUUGUGCAAAUUAACUGCAUUAACUUGUGUUAUGUUAUUCUGAAUCAAAAGAGGACUAUUUGAAUGUAUGGUUUCCUCUGUUUUCCUUUUCCAUAAAACUGAUACAUUGUUUAAAAUAAUCAAUGUGAAAGUUAAGGUGUAUUUUGUUAAAGGAUGUUUACAGGACCCUUUUUUUUUAAAUCACUGCCUUA